CAUAUCAAAGGCGGAAGUGGCUGUGCAGCUGCUGUCCACCGUUAGUUUAGUUAUGUUGGAUUGGAUUGUUGGAGUUUGCGAACUUUAAAGAAUAUUAUUAAUGUUUUUAUGAGCUGUUUGGUAACAGAAGACGUUGUUUUAACUUUGGUUUGCAGCUGUGUUGUAAGUUUACUCGGAGGCGGAAGACCGGUUCGAGUGGCGAAUCACCGACGCUGUGGCUGUAAACGUCCGCAUGGAGAGCGAGGCCUGCAUGGAGAACCGGACGCCGCUGGGCCCACUCACGCCCUCGCAGCAGAAUGGUGAAAGCGGGGCUCUGGAUUUCUCCAAACUCACGGCGCUUCAGUACGGCAUUACGCCAAACAGUUUCACAGCGUUCCCCAGACACAAAGAUAAAUCCAGAGUGGCUCAGCUGAAGGCGAGGAGGAGGUCCACGAUCGGCGUGAGAGGAUCCCCUGAAACAAAUUCUCUUAUCUGCUUCAGAGCCAAGCAGGUCAUGAAGACUCCUCCUCGCACCCCUCAGCACUUGCUGGAGAAUCCGCUGUCUUCGGGCCACGACUCCAUAAAGCAGAAGAUGGCCGCUUUCCAGCGCGUGAUGGAGACGGACGAGGAGAAUACAGAACGAUCCGUCUCGCCCGUGAAGGAGGGGAAGGAAGAGGAGGGAGCGAGACACACUCAGUCUGACCUUGACGGCGGUUCGGAGGAGAGAGAGAACCGACUCCCUCCUCUAACCCCUCCUCUAUCGAAGAGACGCCGCAGGGGAACUCCUCACCGGGGUUUAUGGGAGGAGCAGUUCGAGGAGGAGACGCUUUCCGAGCAGGUGGAGUUCAAAAGCCCGAAGAUGGCGCCGAGUUUGGGUUUGGACUCGCAGUCUCGGCUGAUGUCUUUACCCAUGCUGUCGAAUCCUGAGCUGGUCAAAACCGGUGACGUCGAGGUCUCGCACGCGUCCAAAAAGAAACGCGUUCGUUUCGGCGCACCCCUCUCCCCCGAGUUCUUCGAUAAAAACCUCCCCCCCAGCACCCCGCUCCAGAAAGGUGCCACGCCCGCCCUCCCGCCGUCAUCCACAGGGCGCAAACACUCCCUCCUUAAAACACCACAGAGGUUCACGUCUCCUCCGCCUCAGCCCGAUUUCAGCAGCCCUGAUCGAAACGGAGCAUCGCCGGUCCUACCAACAACACGCACGUACAGCGACGGGGGCGUGGCCAGCGACGAGGUGGCUCUGGACAAUCGAAAGAUCGCCUUCCCCAUCAUGGAUGAGGAGUAUGAUGAUCCACCGCUGGACAGUAAAGACUCGUCUGAAUUCGGCGAGGUCACGGCGCAUCACGAGCCACUCGGUAAAGACCCUGAAAUCACGGACGCCGCUUUUCAAGAAGACGAAGAAACCCGGCUUUCCAUCACUGCUACUCCUGACCGUCCAGCACAUCCUCCAACAGCAGAACCAGAGCUCAGCACCGAACCAGACCAGCGUCAGACGCCGAAGACUGCAGAGUCCUCUGCUGAAGCUCCUCGCUCUCGUGGGAGGAAGAAGAAGCCUGCCUGUGUGUUUCAGCAGCCGACGGCGAGCGAGACGACGGAGACCAGAAGGAGCUCUCGCUCCGCCGCCCAGUCCGCCAAGGGCAAGAUGAAGACCUCGUCGGCGAAGAAGAGAUUCUGGACUAAAGAGGUGGACCGCUCGCUCUACGGCAAGAGAGGCUACGCCUCCAAAAACCCUCUUCUCAGCCCCAUCGUGGAGUCAGCCGCGUCCAGCCGGAGCAACACCCUGACACGACCACGUACAGGUGAGAAUCCCGACUGUAGUCCCGCUAUAGCUCCCAUCGCUAACCCGAUCACAACCGCGCCGGCUGAUCUGGUGGCUGCGGCCGCUCUGUGGCGCCGUCGCUUCUUGCGUCAGGGCAAAGACAGCGACUCGGGCGGUAACCUGGCCGACGGGAGCGAGCGCUCUGUCCGUACGGACGCUCCUGUCCAAUCGGAAGCCUCCGCGAAGCCUUCGGUCGCGUCUGCCGAUAAACGAGCAAGCACGGGUAGAGCCAGAGGAAGACGGGGCGCGGCGAGCCGGAGCUGGAGCGGCGCCGAGGCGAAGGACGGGGGUGAGGGCGGAGCACGGAAAACUGUGGGCCAUCAAUCGGAAUCCAACCAGGAGGAGAAUCCAUCAGGAGGGCAGUCCACGUCUGAGGAGUUAAAUCGGAGCGCAGAGAGGAAAGCAGAACCGGAAACUCGGAGCGGACAGAAGAGCGCUAGGACGAGAAAUAGCUCUGUCGCGGAGGAAGAGGAACAGUUCGAGCAAAGAGGAUUAGAGAAGACGUGCGAGGACACGGUGGAAUCUUCUGGAAGCGAGAGAGGAGAAGUGGAGAAGAACAACGAGGACAUGAGACAGACAUCAGGACAUGAAGUAGAGGAGAAGAACGACGAGGACUCGAAUCCAUCUUUAGCCCCCGUAGAAAACCUCGAGCCCUGGCAGCAGCCGGACUUCUUCUGCAUUGAAGACGUGCUGAAGCCUGUGGCGAAGGGUCGCGGCUCAGUGAGACGCAGCCUGAGACACCGCCGGAGCGUGGACGUCCUGGCCGAAGGUCUAGCCUGGGUGGAGCACACGUCCCCGCAGAGGAUCACUACAACCAAGAGGAGGAGGACAUGCACUCUGAGCGCCGUCUCUCAGCCUCCUCCGUUUCCUGAGUCCAACGACCAGUAACCAGCCUCUGAACUUUUUUUUUUAACCAUGAAUUUUGCUUAGAUUUUAGAUCUUAUCUGAUGUUUGAGAAGUUAUCCUGAAUCCACACUUUCAGUUUAAAUCCCUCGUGAUUCAGAUCGGGCUUCUUCGGGAUGUUGGCGACGCGAUCGCUCGUUAGAGGAAUCUCACGUAGGUCACUUUUUUCGUUCCUUGUCGUGUUGUUUUUUUUUUUUUUUUUUUUUUUUAAAUAAAUAAGUCCCUAACACUCCCAUAUAACAUGUACAACUACAUCAAACAGAUUAAACAAAAUUCUGAAGAAAUAUGAAAAAAAGAACAAGUUUGUAUGUGUUUUAAUAAAAUAGAUUUAAAUAACUAUUCUUUUAUUCGUUCCUCUUUUUUUUCUAUUCCUUAGUGUUUUUUUGUUUAAUUUUAGCACAGCUAAUUCUUUUUUCUUCCCUUCAUUCGUUCUUUUCAUUUGUUCCUUUUCCUGCCUCUUUUAUCUCUUUUUUUUUUUCUUUUUCUUUUUUUUAACAUUUAUUUAUUUAUUUUAAACCCAAACUCCAUCAUUUAUUUUUUUUCUUCUUAGAUUUCAUUCCUUUUGCUCCUUUUUUUUAUUUUAUUGAUUUGUUUUAAAUUACUUUUUGUUCUGUUUACGGAUUAAAACAAGGCUAAAUUUUAGCUCCUUUCUUUUUAGAAUUUUUUUCAUUUCAUUCCUUUAUUUUUGCUUUUUUGUUCGUUCUUGCGUUCAUGUUCUAAAUUUCGGUGCUGUAUUAGUUUUUUUUAUUUUUAUUAUUUAUUUUUUUUUGCUUUCACAUUCUUUGUCGCUUUCUUUUAUUCCAUCUUUCACUCUAUUGUUAUUUUUUUAAUUACCCUUAUUGUUUAUUUUAUUUAUUAUUAUUUUUAAAAAUUAUUUUCUUAGUUUCUUGUGUAAUGUCGGGCUCGGACCAGCAGAGGGCGAUCUGGACCUUAAAAUGUAGAAGCCGUGGCUGUGUGUUCUGUGUUUUAGGGGUCUAGCAGUAACUAGUGUAACUAUUAGUAACCAGUGUGUGAUGGGGUGAUUAAUAGCAUUUAUUCUAACGAGGUCCAAAGAAAAUGUUUGGGAACGCACAUUUCUACUUAAUCGCAAAAAAAGAAAUGAAAACGACACAAAUACGUUCGAAUAUAUCAGAUAAAUCACGACAGUACGUUAAAAUAUUUUUAAUAAUAGUUUCAUUACUAUUCGUGCCACAGACAAACUUCCGACAAUCCGAAAAUAACGUUUAUUCACGGUUUGUUUCUCUUUUUUUGUUGUUGCUGCCUGUAUCAUUUAUAUCAUUAUAACACGACGACAUGUUUUAAUUACAUCCCGAGAUGACGAGAGAACAACUGCUGCUCUUUCUAAAAUGCCACAAUGCAGUUCGAGCUCUAAGGAUAAAGCCAGUCCUGUUACAGAAUACCCAUAAUGCAUUGCGGUGCUCGGAAGGGACAUGGGAUUAAAUUAAGGAGUCGUUUUGGACAAAGGAUCGGUUUAACGAAUGACCGCAUCCGGUUCAGACUUCUGAGAUGGAGAAACAUUGCCAUCUAGUGGACUGAAGGGACGUGAAGAAACUUUUAUUAGAAGAAUUGUUUGGGCAAAUGAAUAUUUUUACCAUGGUUGUCGAAGAGCGCCAUCUAGUGGACUGAAAGAGCCUCAACGCUCUCUGGGAUUGAACCUACAACCUUACGUAGGUUUUAAAAAUAGUGUGUAUAAAAUUAGGGGUUUUAAAAUGUGCUUUAAGUUUGUAAUGUAUAAUAAUGCAAACUUAAAAUAAAAUUAUUUACUUUGUGCUCA